GAUCACGUCCUGGUAAUUCUCUUCCAAAUCUGUAGGGGUCAGUCUCUUCAGGUAGAGAGAGAGUAUGACUCCAGGUAUAAAAGACAAGGAAGAGAGAGGUAGACGCUGAGACCAUACUGUGGUUUUUCUUUGAGGAACUAUUUCGUCUGCACUCAUCAGAAUCUGUGAUACUGAGGCUGUUUACUCCAACUGGAUUUGCCCCUACACAUUUUAGCAUUUGGAUAUUUUUUUGACCCUUUUUGGACUAUAUUUUUGUUUGCUUUUGGACGGGAACCAUUACUAGAACUGUUUGUUUAAGGAAGAAAUAUUCAGAGAUGGGCAACUCACAGUCGGCUAUAACAUAUCCAGGCUAUACAUUAGUGAGUGAAGAUGAGCAGAUGAUCCUGGUGAAAAAUGAAGGUGGCGAUCAGUUUGUCAUUGAAAUGUUCAACACAGGACAGGAAAAUGAUUUAAACUUUCUCUUACAACUCAAUCAUCCACACAUCGUCCAUCACAAGGAAGUCAUCGCAGGUCCUGACUGUCUGUAUCUUGUACUGGAGCUCUGUGAGGGUGGAGAUCUUGUUCAGAAAAUCAAACACAAAUCACAGGCAGCAGAUACAUUUUCUGAGAUUGAGAUUUUGGACUGUACUGUGAAGAUCUGCAUGGCAUUAAAGCACCUGCACGAUCGACAGAUCCUCCAUAAAAACCUGCAGCCAAAGAGCUUAUUUUUCACUGCAUGUGGUAUCAUUCGUCUGGGACAGUUUGGAAACAGUUAUGAACGGUCCACUGCUGCACACACAACAGACACUGAAGCUCUUGUAUAUGUUGCACCUGAGAAUUUGAGUGGCAGACCGUAUGAUGAGAAAACUGAAAUCUGGAGGUUGGGAUGUGUCAUCUAUGAGCUGUGCAAGCUGAAGAGUGCGUUUAAAGCAAGAAACCCAGUUGAGAUUGUUACAAAGAUACUCACCUGCUCCUAUGAAGCUCUUCCCAACACCUUUUCUGAGGAUCUUCAUCAGCUUGUGAAAGACACACUUCAGAAGGAUCCAGAGCACCGGCCAUCUGUCAAUGAGAUCCUGAAGAGGCCUUUUAUCAUCGAACACCUUCAUACAAUGAUCAUGCAAACUAUUGAUGAGCUUUAUAAGUCUCUAGAUGUAAUGAGAAACCUGGCCGAUGGUUUGGAGACGGUCCACUUCAACACAACUGUCAGCAGUCUCACAGGAGGAGUAGUAGGUCUGGCUGGAGGAAUCACAUCUAUAAUUGGACUUAUUCUCACGCCAUUCACUCUCGGAGCCUCUCUGAUAGUGACAGGUGUGGGAAUUGGUACGGCAGUCGCUGGUGGAAUAACAGCUGGAGCCAGCAACAUUACAAACAUGGUUAACCAGCAAACAAACAGACAAAAGAUAAAAAUGAUCUUAACAGAGUUCCAGGAGAAAAUGACCUCCAUUAUAUGCUGCAUAGAAAACAUCUCAACAGCAGUGGAAAUGCUACAAAAUGAGUUUUCAACAAGCAGUGGGUCACUUUCCAAUCCACAAUCCGGGAUGAGAGUAGGAGCUCGACUUGGACGAGGCCUGGGAGGAAUCCCGGAGCUUCUUCGUUUAACUCAAGUCAUAAAUGUGGGGAAGAUUGCAGCUCAGGCUGCAAGAGCAGUUCGUGCGGCUGAAGCAGUUACAGGGGUUUUAUCUGCACUUUUCAUAGCUGUUGACGUCUUCUUCGUUUUUCUUGACUCCAGAGAAAUCCACAAUAUCCGCAGAGAUUGUGCUUUACAACGGAGUCGACAAGAAUCCACCAGCAACCAAACCACUGUGUUAAAUGACCGGACACCGAAUAACAGCGACACAACAAACCUGCUGCCUUCAAACACUGAUCAAGCAGAAGAGCUGAAGUCUGAGACCAUGAAAUUUGUGACAAAAAUAAAAGAGACUACAGAGGAGCUUCAGACAAUUCUGGAUACGCUACGAGACACACUGAACCCAAACUCUGAGACAGCAAACACAGAAAAUUGAGAAUUUGUUAUUUAAUCAUAGAUAAAUGAUUUUUGUUUAUUUUUUAUGUAGUAGUAGAAGCUGUUGUAGUACAAUAUUACAAUGCAAUAAAUAAUGCAUCUAGUUCAUAUGAUUAACAUAAUAUGGACUAUCUAUUUCAUAAUAUAUUCCAUUUAUUUCUAGGUCCAGUGAUGCGCACACACAACAGAAACUAAAAAGUGAAAAUGAAGUGACAUAUAGCCCAUACUUGGAAUUUGUGCUCUGCAUUCAACCCAUCCAAAGUGGAUACACACAGCACUGAGCACACACUGUGAACACACACCCGGAGCAGUGGGCUGUCAUUUAUGCUGAUGUGCCCAGGGAGCAGUAAGGGGUUUGGUGCCUUGCUCAAAGGCACCUCGUUCGUGGAAUUCAGGGUAGAGAGAGUGCUGUCCAAUCACUCCCCCCACCUAUAAUUCCUACUUUCGUAGUCAGGGGAAGGAGGAGGCGGGAAUUGGUGGACAUUAAACGAAACUUUAUCAAUCAAAUAAACACAAAACAAUCAAUAAUUGUGGAACUCCAGUAAGGCGUUCUGCUAUUUUAUUCACUUAAACGUUGAAUGAAAUAUUUUCUAUUUAAUACUCGAGACCGGUGAGUGGCGCAGGUGUUGCUGAUUUCCAAUUACUCCAACGGCCUCAACCCGUUCCCAAGGCUCUUGUCCCUGCCCUACUUGUCACAAACUUUUUUUACUGUCCAAAAAUAUAAAUUUGACACAAUCCCUAAACCUGCCCAUAAUUUAUUCCCCAAAUCAGUGGGAAAUGAUAUCUGAUUAACAAGGGUGAAGAAGCACCUAACCCUGAUUGUAAGCCUAAAACAGAUAUUUCCUGAAAAAUUGAUAAUAUUUUUCCAGGAUAAACAAGGAAGUUGAUUCAGGAACAUGUUAUUUUAAAGAAAUCAUGAUCACCAUAAUCCGUGCCGACCUGAGACUCAAAUUCACAACCUUUGGAUUACAAGUCUGAAUCUCUGAUGAACAGCCUGUUUGAGUUUAUAUGCAGUUUUCAAUAAAUUGCCUACUCUCUAUUUUUUGUUU